AGGUGAACCAGGACAACCUGGACCACAAGGCCCUGGAGGACCAAAGGGAUCUAAAGGAAGUGGAGGUGAAGCAGGCUUAAAUGGACUUCCUGGUGCUAGAGGACAACCUGGAAUUCCUGGAGAUGUUGGUCCCAGAGGUGAACCAGGAGCACCUGGUAAAAUCAUUGCUUCAGCUGGCUCUAAUGCUGUUGCAAUCCCAGGACCACCAGGACCUUCCGGACCUCCAGGUCCUGCUGGAACCCAUGGUCUGUCUGGUCCCAUCGGCCCGGCUGGUCUCCCAGGACGACCCGGAACUAAGGGAGAUCAAGGAGAUCAAGGAGAUAAAGGACAUAAGGGAGAUAAGGGAGAGCAAGGGAAACCUGGCGAGCCUGGGACUGUCACACGUUCAGAAACCCCCGGAACCGACAAACCUUCCUCAGGUGCUAGCCUGCCUGGCCCACCAGGUCCUCCAGGGCAUGCUGGAGCAACUGGUCCUCCAGGUCCUUCUGGUGAGGGUAAACAGGGUCCUCCUGGACGCAGGGGUCCUGCAGGAGAGCCAGGAGUUGGUCUUCCUGGAUCUCCAGGAGAUAAAGGAGAGCCGGGCAGUUUUGUUCCUACCUCAGGAACCUUUUUUGCUGGACCACCAGGACCCCCGGGCCCACCAGGUGACCGAGGACCAGAAGGGUUCCAAGGAGAACCAGGUCAACCAGGACUUCCAGGGAGUCCAGGAAGUGCAGGGAAACCAGGUCAUGGUCAGCCUGGACCUAAGGGACCUGAGGGUCCACCAGGCCCCGAGGGGCCAGAGGGGAUCGAUGGAAAUAAAGGACCACCUGGACCACCUGGACUAUCUGGACUACCUGGUUCGCCUGGAAGAGAUGGAAGUGGACCAACAGAUGUGGGUCCGUACCUUGCAGAGUACCUUCAGAGUAGCUCAUUCAGUCCAGGCGCCCCAGGGCCACCUGGACCACCAGGUGCUCCUGGAAGAGAUGGAACUGUAUCUGGAUCACCUGAUGUGA